AAACAGUUUCUUUUUCUUUAACUUUCAACUUUUUUUUUGCCAAUCGAAGAAACCGCGGUUCAUCAAUAGUUCAUCCCAUCACCCCAAUCGUCCAAUCCUCAAAAAUGUCCGACGCCCAAGCCGCCCAUGUCACAGAGAACGGCGUGCCUCCGGCUGCGCAAGAGUAUGUCAUCGAAGAAGCUCCCGCUCUCAAAGUCUUCGCUGGCAAUCUUGCGUACUCUACUACGGAUGAAGGGCUCAAGUCUUUCUUCGCCCCCGUGCAGAGCGACAUUAUUUCAGCUCAGGUCAUCCUGCGAGGUCCCAGAUCUGCAGGCUAUGGCUUUGUCACCAUGUCCAGCGAACAGGCUGCCCAAAGAGCCGUCGAGCUCCUUAAUUCACAGGAACUCGAAGGCCGCAAGGUCAUAGUCGAAAUUGCCAAGCCAUCUGAACAAAAGGACAAAGAAAAGAAGGAGAAAAGGGCCAAGAGGAGACCAAACAGGCGCGGUGCCAAGGCCGUCCCUGGUGAGGUCACCGAUGCAGAGGCAAAUGGCGACGAAAUCAAGGCGGAUGAUUCAGCCGCUGCUGCUCCGGGCACUGACGAAGCAGCUAAGCCCAAGAGAAAAAAGAAGAAGAGCAGCGUAUGUGUCGAGGAGGCUGGCUGGGAUGCCCCUGCUACAGACGAUGCCCCUGACGCCACAGCCUCUGCCCCCAGGAAGCCUCGCGUAAGGAAGCCCAGAGCUCCUCGUCAAUCCCGUCCUGUCGGUGAAGAUCCCGUCGGCGAGCCCUCGAAGACCAUGCUCUUCGUCGCCAACCUCGGCUUCAGCGUAGAUGAUGACACUCUCGCUACGCUCUUCACCGAAGCUGGUAUCGACGUCAUUUCCGCCCGCGUUGUUCGACGCCAUUGGGGAACCCCUAGGAAGAGCAAAGGUUACGGCUUCGUCGAUGUUGGUAGUGAGGAGGAACAGGUCAGGGCAAUCGAGCUUGUCCAGGGCAAGGAAGUCGGUGGCCGCGCCAUCGCCGUCAAGAUCGCUGUCAAUUCUGCCCGUCGGGAAGUAGCCGAAGAGGCUGAUCGACGUCAGAUGGAGCAAGAGUCCAGAGAAGAGGGGCUUGGCAAGAGCCUGUUUGAGCGCGCACAGGAGGAGGAGGCGGUUGCAGGGGGGAGUAAGGCACUGGGCAUCAUGAUGAAAAUGGGGUUCAAGGUGGGGCAAUCGUUAGGAAAGAUCGAGGAUCGCCCUCCAAAGGCCACAGUUCCCUCACCUAGGCCACCUCCGUCCGAGGAUGAGUCUUGGCAUGGUACAUCCAGGGAUCAGUCGGAAUCUACGGACCUUGGAGAAGAUGAUAAAGGAAAGCCUCGACAUCAGGUGGAGCCAUUACCCCUCAAUGAAUGGCAAGGGAAGAAAGGUAUCGGUCUAGGGAAACGGGCACGCUCACCCAGCGCCGCAGAUCGCCUCGCAAAAAUGGCGAAGAUGGCAGAGGCUGUCAGUCAUGAGAGCUUCCGGGACCGCGCCCGUCGCGAAUACGAAGAGCGGCGAGCAGAAGGUCGUCUUGCCCCUGCAAGACGGACGUGUCUCACACUUGACGAGAAAGCGGGCAUCACAUUCAAUGUGCUCUGUUUGAACCCCAACGAACCGGAGUCUAUACCACAAGGUCUUAUGGACCCGCUUUCAGCCCAUACACUACUAGUAUCACCGUUACCCUCUGCCUUAAUAGACACCUCCCAAUCACAUGCGGCGCGUCUCCACGCCCAAAUGCGAGCCGAUGCCCUGUUACCCGUCUCCUCCGGAUUAGAUGACGAAGACGACGACACCGGUGCCUUAACCGAGGAGGCCCCCACAACAGUGGAAGAAUUCCCUCAAGAAGUCAUCGAGGAAGCAGCUUAUUUCCUACGACUGGGUCCGCGGGACCGCUUAAAGCUUCUCCUCGAUUAUCUCCGGGAGAAAUAUGCUUACUGUUUUUGGUGUGGGACGCAGUAUGAGGAUAGUAGCGAUUUGGCAGAGAGUUGUCCAGGGCCGGACGAAGAUGAUCACGACUAGAUGUUCCC